AAGCAAAAUGUACAUAUAUCUUCUUUCAUCCAGGUAUUUGAGGUGACCAAAGAAAUGUCAAAAUUCACCUCAAUCACUGUCGCCCUCUGUGUCGGUGGUCUUGAUGUCCAGAUCCAAGAACACGCCCUAAGACAGAUCCCUGAUAUUGUCAUUGCUACACCAGGACGACUUAUCGAUCACCUCCUCAACGCUCCAAACUUCCACAUGAAGAAAAUUGAGAUCCUGGUUUUGGAUGAAGCUGAUCGUAUGUUGGAGGAGAAUUUUGAAGAACAGAUGAGAGAGAUCAUAAAGCAGUGUGCAACAACCCGUCAGACUAUGCUCUUCUCAGCCACAAUGACAAGUCAAGUUAGAGAGUUGGCUAUUAUGUCUCUUAAGGAUCCCGUUAAGGUCUUUAUAAACAACAACACAGAUGUGGCACAGAAUCUUCGACAAGAGUUUGUUCAUAUUCAUAAAGGACAAUCAAAUUUACGUAAUGCAGUCUUAGUUUACCUGGUCCUCCGUUGCUUCAAAACAAAUACAAUUAUCUUCACUCCAACUAAGGUCUUAGCACAUCACAUACAUAUUUUACUCACAACCUUUGGAGUAGAUUCUGGAGAACUUCAUGGUGACCUCAAGCAAACAGACCGUGUUCUAGCCCUCAAAAAUUUCAAGGAUGGGAAAAUCGAUGCUCUAGUUGCUACUGAUGUUGCUGCUCGUGGUCUUGACAUUGCAGGAGUCCAAACAGUCAUCAAUUACACUGUACCAGCAAUAUACAGCCGUUAUGUUCAUCGUGUUGGUCGUACUGCAAGAGCUGGACGGUGUGGUCGUUCUGUCAGUAUUGUUGGGGACAAAGAAUUCAAAAUGUUGAAAGAUAUUAGAAAAUUAUCCAAAACACCAUUAUAUGAAAGAGUGCUAGACAAAAAGAUUCUCACAAAGGUACAUGCCAAGUUGAUCAAAAUGAAGCCAGUCAUCCAGAAAGUCUUCGAAGAAGAAGAGGUUGACAAGCAGUUGCGGAAAGUAGAGAACACCAUCGAUGCCAUAGAGAAAAGGCUAGAGCAUCCAGAGCGUGAGAGAGUCUGGAUGGAUAGCAAGGAUGGUAAACCUAUGAGCAAAAACAAGAAACGGAGGCUGAAACAAAAGGAAAUGAUACUGAAGAAGAGGAAGAGUGAAGACGAUGAGUCAUCACAGCCACUGACAAAGAAGCAGAAGAAGCAGCAGAAGAAGCAGGAGAUUGCAAAACUGGUUGGAGGGAAGGCAGGAAAGGGUAAAAUGAAAAUGAAGUCUCUCCGAUGCAGAGAUCAGGAUGAAGACGGGAAAUACAGAGCACCAGCAGGAAGAGACAGAGACAGAGGUGCCGCAAGAUUCAAGAAGAAUGACCCACAGGAAGGUGACAAGUCAUCCUUCUCUCGGGAAUUGACAAGCGUUAGCAGAAAAUCCCUCAAGAAAUUCCGUGGAACAGGUGCCAGCAUGCAAGGCGUGUACAGGUCUCAUAAGAGUAAGAAGCCGAGGAAAUAGAUAGGGGUGUUAUUUUUUAUUUACUAUUUUUUCCCCAUUAUUUUCUCUUCUUUCUGUUAUAUAAUGGGUUGAGGAAGAUCCUUGUUUGUAUUUAUAUGAGGGAGGGGGGAUAUUGAUAGAUAUAUAUCUUCAUAAUUGUUUUCCAUGUUUUCAUUGUCAGGUGUUGUUAUUGAUGUUUUAAUUGAUUUUUUCUUGUUAUUUCCUUACAUCAUUGUUAUUUUUCUUAUUAAUAGUACAACAAUGCUGUUUCACUUCUAAAUGUAGUAUGGCUAUUUACACUUGUAUCAAGAGUAUGGAAAACAGAAUGUGCUUUGAUUAACAAAGUUCACUUUAUAUGGCUCCUUUACUGUUUAUAAACAACAGGCAUUGAUCACACUAAAAUAUAGAAAUACUGAUAUGUCAAAAGCAGUUUCCUGGCUUCCAUGGUCAUAUAUUGAAUACUGAUUUGUAUAAUCUUUCUGUUUAGAGAUAUAUAAAUUAUGGUACAAUUGUGAGUUUUCAAAUUACUUGAAAUAAUUGGCUUCAGUCCUUUUAUUUUAUGAUCUGUAUUCCAUAAUUUUUUUUACUAUGUUAUCCUUUUCAAAUAUAAUAGAAACAGCCAUAUUUUGAAAAGAAAUACAGAUUAAUAGAAGAAAAAGAAGUUUAUCUGAACUGAUAUUAUACAUCUACACAUAAGAAUGUUAUUCAUGAAAUGAAUGUAUCCUGACGACCAUGAUGAUAAUAAAUGUGCAGUAACAUG